UUGCACGGUACAGUCCAGAAGGUGUGCUUUUUAGUGCUUGUGGUUGAUGUAGUUAUUUGGCCCAGCUCUGGUGACUUUUGGAAUUUGCACGUCGCGCCUGUGUCAACUCCAGUUGUACAACGAGGUCAGUGCUUAGUUUUACGGUCCGUCAGCCCUCGUCAGAUAUUAGCACGUCAAACAAAGCCCUCCGAAAGUAACUGGGAGCUGUGUGAGCACAGAGCAUAGUUCAGUGCUGACGCGCUGAAUUGUGUGGAAUCGGGCUCUUUCCCAGGUUAACGGCCCGUGUCCCCGUGCCGCUCGGAGACUGGAGAUUGGAUCGAGUCGAGCUCACAUCCCUCCCUGAACGCCGUAAGUGCCUCUGUGCAGCUGGUGAGAGGAAGGCCUCUCCCAAUGGGGUGCUGGAGGCUGGGCCCCUGACGAUGCUAGCUGUACCAUGGGCAGUGCCACUCUGCGCUACUUCUGCUAUGGCUGCGUGUUUGCGUCUGUGACCUGGUCCGUCCUACUCUUCCUCUACCUCAGCUUCGGCCAGGAGAGCCGCCUGGCGCUCAGCUAUGUGCCCGUCCAGGGGCCACAGCACCGCUUCCAGCCUCGCUUCACACGCCGGCCGGGCCUUCUCGAGCCGGGCCACAGGGCACGUGGCCAGGACGCCCGCACGCCUGACCUCUCGCCGGAGAUGGGUAUGAUAUUUAAUGAGGAGGACCAGCAGGUGAGGGACAUGGGAUACCACAAACACGCCUUCAACGUCCUCAUCAGUAACAGGAUUGGAUACCACAGAGACCUGCCUGACACUCGAAAUGACAAGUGCAAAGACAAGACCUACCCACUGGCACUACCCACAGCAAGCAUAGUGAUCUGCUUCUUCAACGAGGCGUUCUCCGCCCUGAUGAGGACUGUUCACAGUGUUCUGGAUCGUACGCCAGGUUACCUCCUGCAUGAGAUUGUCCUUGUGGACGACAACAGCGAGCUGGAAGACCUGAAGGAGGAACUGGGUGUGUAUGUGCAGAGGAACCUGCCAAGCAAGGUUAAGCUGGUGCGGAAUGAGAAGAGGGAGGGGCUGAUCAGGGGAAGGAUGAUUGGAGCAUCUCAUGCUACAGGUGAGGUCUUGGUGUUUCUGGACAGUCACUGUGAGGUAAAUGAGGCAUGGCUCCAACCUCUGCUGACGCCCAUCAAGGAGAACCGCCACACCGUCGUGUGUCCCGUCAUCGACAUCAUCAGCGCCGAUACGCUGGUCUACAGCCCCUCCCCCAUUGUGCGGGGGGGCUUCAACUGGGGACUGCACUUUAAGUGGGAUCCAGUCCCGCUGUCUGAUCUCAACAACCCCAGUGGAGCAAUCAGGUCUCCUACGAUGGCUGGAGGCUUGUUUGCGAUGGACAGGAAGUACUUUAAUGAGCUUGGACAGUACGACAGCGGCAUGGACAUCUGGGGAGGAGAGAACUUGGAGAUCUCCUUCCGGAUCUGGAUGUGCGGCGGACAGCUCCUGAUCAUCCCCUGCUCCAGAGUGGGUCACAUCUUCCGCAAGCGGCGGCCAUACGGCUCGCCCGGCGGCCAGGACACUAUGGCCCAUAAUUCCCUGAGGCUGGCUCAUGUGUGGAUGGACGAAUACAAGGAGCAGUACUUUGCGCUUCGUCCUGAGCUGCGUAACCGGGAGUAUGGUGACAUCAGCGAGCGUGUGGCCAUGCGCCAGCGUCUGCAGUGCCACUCCUUCCAGUGGUACCUGGACCACGUCUACCCGGAGAUGCAGGUGGCCUCCGCCCAGAACAAACCGGCCCAGCCCGUCUUCAUGAACCGGGCUGUGAAGAGGCCCAGAGUGCAGCAGCGUGGACGUCUACGUAACCUACUGGUUGAUAAGUGUUUGGUGGCGCAGGGUCGUCCCAGCCAGAAGGGCACUGCUGUUGUGGCGCGAGCCUGCGAUUCCCAGGACGCCGAACAGGAGUGGGCAUACGACGAGGAGCAUGAGCUCAUCCUGGCUGGCCUGCUGUGUCUGGAUGUGUCUGAGAUGCGCUCAUCGGACCCUCCGCGCCUCAUGAAGUGUCAUGGCUCCGGUGGCUCCCAGCAAUGGACUCUCGGGAAGAACUCUCGCCUGUACCAGGUGUCUGUGGGUCAGUGUCUCACUGUGGUGGACCCAUUCAGCCAUAAGGGAUACGUUGCCAUGGCAAUCUGCGACGGUACAGAGGCGCAGCAGUGGCGGUUGGAAGGCUGAUCUGCAGCUUGACCUGGGCGUUCUGAGUGCACGCUGCCUCCUCCUGGCCAUGGGAGGGGACUGCAUAUGGCAGUACAGGCUGGUCACCUUACUGUACGGGCAGGAUUACCGAACACACACACACACACACACACACACACACACACGCGCUGUCGGUGGCUGGAGUAGCCGAACGUGGAGCUGCUGUCUGGUGGUGGGGGACGUGUUGCCGUGGUCUUAUCCCCACUCCGCUGUUGAAGCAUGAAGUUCUUGUGGUCAACUCUUCUCUUUGAGAUAUGUCUUUAGAUUUUUAGCAAAUGUUCUAAAACUUUCAUGCAAGUAUUUUUUUUUUCCUCUAAAAUUUCUCAUUUUAACCAAUUUGCACAGUGAUCUUGCAGAGACAAUUCAGAGGGACUCUGAACUUUUAUUGUAAAUGUGUUGCUGAAAAGCAUCAAACGUCAGUAUUAGAUUUAUCUGCUUGUAAAUUUUUAUCAUGGGAAAGAUCGGAAUUAAUUACACAUACACUAAAGCUUUUCUAAACUGCAGUACUUCUAUAUUAUUUUUAAUGAUUGAAUGUAAUUUCUCUCUUUCUCCCCAUAUGCCACUAGAUUCCUUUGUAACCAGCGAGAGAAUGUUAGUCAGAUACACACCCCACACUGACAAACUUUACAGAGGUGAAGUUGGGUAUGAAGUACUAGUUGAGGUAUUUCUAAGUAAAAAAGAGAAUGAUGUGAAUAUAAAUGUUAUUGUUUUUCGAUAUGGAGUACUGUUACCUGUUUCUUUGGAAAUCUUUUUGUAAAUGAUGGAACCAAAUAAAGAUGCUUUUAAAUGAA